UUGUACGGCCAUCUUGAGAUCGAACAACCUGUUACCUCAAAAAUAAGACAUUGCACAAAGUCACGAUAAUUCAGAGAAGGGAGUCUGUUCCAAUCGUGCAGAACGGAAUUAUUUUACAUCAGAGUGCAUCAAGAUCUCGUUUAAAUGUCAGAGUUCUCGAUGAAACCUGUUUCGCACAGCGAAAACAAAGAUGAGGUCGUAGGACACUUUCCUCCAGGACCGUUGGAUAGUUAUCGAGAGCACGCUUCCUUCGACUGGUUUCAGAUGAAAGUGUUUUUAGAUGGGGGAGAAGAUGUAGUCAGAUUCCAGCACAAUAUGUGGAAAACUAUGGAGAAAGACUCGUUAUUUGACCGUGUCAACGAUUGGAAAUUGAGUAUGGACGAACGCAGGCGUGUAACAAUGAAACGAUGUAAGAGAAUUGCGGAGUACAAUUUUUUGACAGACGAUGAUAUUAUGGCAGCACCACUCUUGGUUCAGGCAUUUGGUGACGCCUUAGGAAUAUACGACUGGAGUUUAUCAACAAAAUUCACUUUAAACACUACGAUGUUUGCUCGUCAAGUUAGAACAUCAAGCACACACGAACACAUCCAAGAGCUUGCAGAUAAAGCUAUGAGGUUUGAAGUCUUCGGUUGUUUUGCUCUGACUGAGUUAACACAUGGAAGCAAUACUAAGGGUGUUCAAACCACAGCUACUUAUGAUCCAUCAUCACAGGAGUUUGUGAUCCAUACACCCAACUAUGAAGCUACAAAGUGUUGGGUGGGCAACUUGGGUAGAACUGCAACCCAUGCCAUAGUCUAUGCACAGCUUUACACCCCUGAUGGAGUCUGCCACGGACUCCACUCAUUUGUCAUUCAAGUACGAAACACCACAGAUCUCUUACCCAUGCCUGGGGUGACUGUAGGAGAUCUUGGAGAGAAACUGGGUCAAAAUGGACUAGAUAAUGGGUUUGUGUCUUUUAACCAUGUUCAUAUUCCACGGGAACACUUGCUGAACAGAACAGCUGAUGUGACACCUGCAGGGAAGUAUGUUACACCAUUUAAAGACCCAAACAAAAGAUUUGGUGCUGCACUGGGUGCCUUGUCUGGUGGGCGAGUUGGGAUAACAAGUAUGGCUGUGAUCAACUUGCGGCUGUGUAUGUCUAUUGCUAUUAGGUACUCUGCUGUUAGAAAACAGUUUGGCCCACCUGGAAAGGAUGAAAUUCCUGUGUUAGAAUAUCAAAUGCAGCAAUGGAGACUGAUUCCCAAGUUAGCAGCAACAUAUGCUUUAGCUUAUUUUGCAAGGACCUUCUUUAUGAAUUUUGUUGAGCUACAAGUUGGUAUGAUGAUGGGAGAAUCAGGUGAAACACAAGCUGCUUUAGGACGUGAGAUCCAUGCCUUGUCAUCUGCUAGCAAACCUCUGGCCAGUUGGAUUGCACAAAGUACUAUUCAGGAAUGUCGUGAGGCCUGUGGUGGCCAUGGUUACCUUGCAAUCAACAGGUUAGGUGAAUUAAGAAAUGAUAAUGACCCCAACUGCACUUAUGAAGGAGAUAAUAACAUGCUUCUGUGGCAGACAAGUAGUUAUCUCUUAUCCCAGCUGGAUGCUAAACAGAAAGGUUCCCAUAUUUCCAGUCCCCUUCACACAGCUGACUUCAUAAAUGACAUUGAACAAAUUAUGACACAUAAAUUCCAUGCAAGCACUGAGCAAGAAUGUAGAAACCCUGAUUUUCUUGUUGGAGCAUACCAAUGGCUUGUUUGUUACCUACUAAAAGAGAGUGCCCAGAAGUUUAAGCAAGAGCUUACAAGUGGAAAGGACUCCUUUGCAGCUAAGAAUGACAGCCAAGUAUUUUACUGUAGGUCAUUGGCACUUGCUUUCAUUGAGUGUACAAUUUUGAAGAGAUUCAAGGAAGCAAUUUUCAAUGAGGAUGAAAUUCCACAAGCUCUUAAACCAGUUCUUCUCAGACUUUGUUCACUAUAUGGCUUGUCCUCUUUAGAGACACAUCUCACUACUCUAUACCAAGGUGGCUUUUGUUGCUCAGUGAAUGAUGCCAGAAUUGUGAGAGCAGCCAUACUUACUCUUUGUUGUGAGUUGAAGAACGAAGCUGUAGCCCUGGUGGAUGCCUUAGCCCCACCAGAUUUUAUUCUUAACUCACCCAUUGGUCACAGUAAUGGAAAGGCUCAUGAAAACUUGCAUGCUGCGAUUAUGCAAAAACCAGAGAACAAGGAACGAAUUUCAUGGUGGAAGGAGUGUCGUCAACUUCCCAUUAUCAGAGAUCGUAGCAAGUUAUGAUAGAAAACGCCGCCGGAAACAUUUCUCACGGAUGGUCUCUCCUCUUGAUAAGAGAAAGUCAAUGUCUAGUUAACGUGUUUUGUAGGAAGGAGUUUCAAGUUGAGGAUUUUUAGGUGGUUUUAUGCUUGCAGUUAAUCACUUCAAUGGGGUGACUUAAGGAGCCUCCUUAUGUAACGCCCUGAUUUCCUUUCAGUUAAACGUGACGUUCACGUCGUUUUCACUCCUCAAAAUUUAAACCGAGGAAAAGAAAGUUUCAGAGAAACUUAUCAGAGAUUAAAUUGAAAGUGACUUAACUACUAAAAUGCUCCUUCGGGUUGAUACAUUUGUAUGUUAUUCAAUAGGUUAUCAAAAUGUUGAGUCGCCCUGUGUAAAAAACGAUUCAACUGGUGCUGAAAACACUGCAAAAAUGUUUCAUGGUAUACUAUCGUAGGGUAUGUUUUAAAUUUUUUUCCUUAAACCUUCGAAAAGGUCGUUUAAGAUUAGUGUGGUCGCUUGACUUUCUAAUGAGGUUUGUGAGCUGGUCAAUGCCCUUUAGACUUUAUCUUCAUGAACUUAACAUAUGUAAUCUUUUUUUGGUACCCUCAAAACCCUUCAAAUCUGAUGAUCUGAUUUGUAUUUCUCCUUUCUGGCUGCCAUUCAUUUUCUUGUUAAUUAUUUAGGAGAAAAUGUCAGUUUUUCAAGGGGAAAUGAAAUGUUGAUCACUUCUGCGAUACAAAGGGUCUAAUAGUAAUUGCAAGCUAGUUAAAAGUUUUGCUGCGUAUGAAAAUAAUUUGGGUUAAAACCCUUUAAAGCCUCCGUUCAUGUCUGUUGAACGCCCUAAGUAAAUUUACCAAAUCGGAAGAUUAUUUAUAAACUAGAUUUGAUAACGUUUUCCAUAUAUAGUUUAUUUAUGUACCUUACUGAACUUUUCACGGACUACAAGGGUACACACGAUUAAAGAAAUGAGUCAGGAAUCAAAUCACUUCUUUCCGAGUGUUGGACGUAUUUAUGACUGGAUAAGAAAGAGGUAAAAUACUUGCUUUGACAUGCAAUCAUAAAAAAGUCGAACAAACUUAUCAACCCUUUUUACCCUAACGUCAGUAUGUACAUUCUCCCUACUUCUUUUCUUACAUUUCAUAACGUGCUGACAAGGAGAGUUUAUAAAACAAUCAAGAGCUUUUUUAAGUUGGUGAUCAUUUCCUUAUUCUCCUGACCUUAAUGUGUAAUUUAGGGGUGAUAUUGUAAGGAGAAAUUAACUGCUAGUCAUUCCGAGGGGUCAAAGGGUCAUGACAGAUGACAACCUGCACCAGAAGCCUAAGGUGUGGUGUAGUGGAAGUGUACCUAGUGAGUAACGACCAGCCAUGGGGGCUACGCCCUAUACAAAGAGGGAAGGCUACACAGACUAACAAGCUUUCCAAAAGUUCGGACUUCAAAUAGGGCUUUUUUAAGGGCAUUAUCCUUACUCUUCUUCACCCUUGGAAGGCCUCGUUCAUGGCAAAUGAAAGGGCAGUUCCACUUGCAAACGAACUUGACGAAGCGCAGGAAAACGCAAGUGACCAGGUUACGAUUGGUUUAAAACGUUUAAACCCUAGCAUACCUUACCGUAUACAUUUCCCAAGUUGCUAACAAGGAGAAUGUCUUUAGCAAUCAAGAAUUUCUCUAGUUGAUGAUCAUUUCCUUUGUUCUGGUGACCCUUGUAAUUCAGGGGCGAUAAUUUAAGGAGAAAUUAGUUGCCAGUCACUCUUAAGGGUCAAACGAUUAAAAAGGAUGGCGCGGCUAAAAUGCAAAGUAAAGCUACACCAGUGACAAAUAUAUCAAUCAUUAAGAAUGCGUUAAAUUCUGUAUUUUAUUGCUACGUCCUUGUUGGACAGAGUUAUUUUCUCGCACAGCAGUACGCAAACAUUGUUUUAAUUAUUAAAUAUCUAUGAUCAAUAACAUCAAUCUAAGGAAGCAUUAGGACAAGAGUAAUAUAAAAGAAGAUGUGCAAUGAACUUUCUCAAACAGUUGUCACAAUGAAAAGUUAACCCCAAGGAUUGACGUGUAAUUCGCCCUUUGACUUUGAAUAAAACAAUU